AUGUCAGCGGACAAAUUCUCCUCCAGCCCCCUUAACCCUCAUGAUCGUUCCACCGAUCAACAGAGCCGCGAGGCAUACACGAAUGCCCGUCGCCAGCCGACCCCCGAAAUCCCUGAAGGGUCUCAACGCCUUCACUUAGCCAUACGCGAGCAAACAUCUCCUGCUCAACUUACUCUGAGCAAUAUCACAUUGCAAGGCGCCACGAGUCACGAAGCACCGUUGACUCCGAUUUCUAGAUGGCUCCGCAAUGUUGAGCCGGUGUCCCCCAGACUUGCCCUACGGACUAUCUCAUACUGGAGCCCCGAUAGCGACGUCUCGAUGGACACCACUUCCAUCUCGUCAGUGAUGACCCGCGACGAGCAGAGCCCUGCCCAGAAUUGUGGGUUGAGACGCCAAGGGCCCUGCUUUUCGGAGGGCAUCAGGCCCACCAACCCUGGCUACCGACCCGCCGAAAUCCAGCCGACAGCCGGCCCAAGCAACGCCACGAUGGGUUCCCCAAGUCCAGCACACAACUCGGCCAGCCACAGAUCGGUGCUUUCGUCAAGUCCGGCGAAAAAGUCAACAAGCGACGCCCCGAUGCUUUCGUCAAGUCCGGCGAAGAAGUGCACAAAGAGUAAUGCGAAGGGGAAGGCUCCUGGCCGUGCCGAGGGCAAGAAGAAACACGGUGCUUCCACCGCCAAUGCCCCACGUCGGGCUGCAGUUGCGAUCCCCAUGAGCAGGCUUCGCUCAGGGAAGACCCCCGCGUGCAAACUCAAGGUCCUUCCCCCUCCCACCCGUUGCUCCCUCCGAAUCCGUCCUUCUCAGCCACCCAUCUAUUGCUGCCCCAUUUGUGGCUUUGAAUGUCCCCUCCUUAGCGGCAUCAAACAACACGUGAAGGAUACUCAUCCACACUGA